AUGAAGACCUUCGUCGCAGCAGCCACCUUCCUAGCCACCGCCCUGGCCCAGAACGCCGCCAUCGGCCUCCCCAAGGCCGACCAGACCGUCCAGCCAGGACAGAGCCUCACCGUCCAAGUUCAGCGUCCUAACACCAUCACCGGCUCCCAAGAAAUGGCCGUUGCCAUCGGCUUCCAGUCCUGCGCCAGCGGUAACUGCUACGCGGCCGACGAAUACAUGGGCACCAUCCUCUACAACGGCGCCUUCAACCCCGUCUACCACGAAUACUACCUGCCGCCGUACGAGAACUUCACCGUCACAGUGCCCGCGUCGGCGGCGGCGGGCCAGGCGGUCAUCGGGGUGGCGCAUGCCACUUUGGUCGGGGCUUCCGCGGCCCCUUACUUGGAGGUUUUGAACCAGACGGUUACUGUUGCUUAG